AAUACAUCCCAUUUCCCUCUCACCCCUCCCACACCACCCCUAAAAAAACAGCAAAGCACACACUGGAGAAAACAGAGAGAACAGAGCAGCAACCUCCUCUCCUACGCAACAGGCAUCAAGACACACCAUGAGGCCCGGAGCCGAGUUCGUCACGAUGAGCCACCGUGCGGGGGCGCCGAUGACGGCGCCGGCGCACGAGCUGGUGAAUGGGAUAGCGGCGCCUCACUCGCCGUGGCAGUCGCCGGUGCCGUGCCUCUUCGGCGGGAUGGCGGCGAUGCUGGGGCUCAUCGCCUUGGCACUGCUCAGCCUCGCCUGCUCCUACUGGAAGCUCUCCGGGUACCUCGACGACGACCGAGAAGGUCAGGCGGUGGGGGACGCCGACGGGGAGAAGGGCUCGGUGUCUGGCGCAUCCAAGCCGGCCUUGGAUUUCCUGGAGGACGUCGUGGUCAUCAUGGCCGGCGACGAGCGGCCCACGUUCGUCACCAAGCCGGCCGCCAGCCGGGCUGCCGAAGUGGAGUUCGCAACCGCAGCCGCCCCAGCAAGCGCGAGCGCCGUCAACAGACAGGAGAAGAAGAUGGAUGAGGUGAGCUCGCAGCUAGGAGGUGACUCCACCAACGCAGCAAGCCGGAGCCGCAGCCACCAAGACGCGGCGAGCCAGAGCCGUGACCACCACCACCAUGACCAUGAGAGCAGCAGCACGACAGCGCAGCAAGAAAGCUUGCAAUAAAGCCUGAAGACUAUGAGAUGGUAACGAACUCAGCUAUUUCAUCUGAUUGUGCGCGGCCUCGCUGGGAACUCCAUCAAAUUCCACGUCUGCAACUCUCGCAACGAGAAACAUCAGCGGCCGCGACAUGAAGUCCUGGACCAGCAGGCGGAGUCCAAGCGCCACUUGCUCGGCCAUGCCAUCACCGCCGAAUAAAAGGCCGCCUCCCUCCGUGUGCUUGGGUCACCGUCUCACAGGCCCAGGCAGCCAAGUUUAAAAAAGAAAAAUGAAACUCCAUGGGCACUAGCACCCACGGUUUAUUGAUAUAGAAGAAGCAUCCCUCAUGAGAAUUCCAGAAAUUCGUCCCCGACGUGGAUCGAACUCUGGUCGUUGGGUUUACAAUCAUGCGCCCCCAAUCACUGGGCUAUGCCCACGUCCUCGGCAGCCAAGUUUAAGCCCGCACGGACCGGCUCAAGCGCAAGGCUGAGGACUGCGGUGGGCUGCUCUCCGUGCUCCUCACCGGCACGAGCGCCGAGGGAGGAAAAAGACGAAGCUGGCCCUGCAGAUUAGUAAGGGGCACAUCGGUGAUUCCCCUCGGCAUCUUUGCUUCGAGAUAGUGGCUCCGAUGGUACGAUGAAUGUUGCAGUGUGACUAGCGGUCGGUGUGGAGUGACAGUGGCCCAUUCCGCGCCAAAACAAGGGCUUCUCCUAACGGCUGUUGCGGUGAUCUAAAGUGAGAAGACGUCCCGCCGAUAUACCAGUGUCAUUAUGUCCUCUAGUGGAGUACUCGGACUAUCGAAUGAUAUGUCGUCAAAACGUUGAUUGGAACUAUACCUGGGCAUACGUUGGGCCGGACUGGGUUUCGGGCCAAGCCAAAAAAGCCUGAUGGCAUGCACAGGCCCAGCCUGGCCCGGGAUUUUUGGGCUGGGUCAGGUCGGGCCAUCCGGGCCGGGCUGCCCAUGGCCAAGUAUAAUUGGAACAUCGUUUCAUGUUCAUAGUGAAAACUCUUAUCCUGGCC